GUAGCAGGCUAGCAGCCACAUGUACAUAAAGCUGUAAUCUUUUUGGUUUCUUCCGUUUCAGAUUUCAACUGGGCUCUGCUUCUUCUUAAGUUUCAUCGCCCACUUGCGCUAUUUGCUUCCCCAAAACUUGACUAUUCCAAUGGCUUCAUGUGGAUUAGGAGCUCCAAGUAUUAAAAUUUCUAACUUGGACUUGGUUAGAACAAGACUUGGUGUUUUACAAUCACGGUUUAGCAUAAGGACUUCUACUGUGUGGACACCACUGAAUAACUCAGGUUUGGUGAUAUCGCAACGAUCACAGAAGGCAAUAAUUUUGUGUCGUGGUUCAUCGUCAGAAGCUGAAUCUGCUGUUAAUUUAGAAGAUGGUUCUGAAGAAACAAAAUCUUCAGGUUUGACAAGCCAACUCACUCCAAAUGCAUAUGAAGUGGAAUCUCUUCUCUCAGAAAUAUGUGAUACUACUUCAAUAGCGGAGUUUGAAUUGAAACUUGGAGGGUUUCGGCUGUAUAUGAUGAGGGACUUAGCUGGGAAAAUUGAGCCUACACCUCCCCCAAGUUCCACUCCGGUCACUGUCAGUCUGAAUGAUGAGGCACCCAAAUCAAAUGGAUCAGCCUCUAUGUCAUCCUUGCCCAUCUCAAAAUCAGCACUUUUGUUGGGACAAAGUCAGACACUACUUGAUAGGGCUGCAGAUGAAGGGUUGAUGAUACUUCAGUCUCCAAAGGUUGGGUUUUUUAGGAGAUCUCGGACGAUAAAGGGGAAGCGUGCACCUCCAUCAUGUAAAGAGAGGCAAAUAGUGAAGGAGGGCCAAGUGCUUUGCUACAUCGAACAACUUGGUGGUGAAAUUCCAAUUGAGUCUGACGUAUCUGGGGAGGUCAUAAAGAUACUUCGAGAGGAUGGUGAACCUGUUGGAUAUGGUGAUGCUCUUAUUGCAAUCCUCCCUUCUUUUCCUGGUAUAAAGAAACUCCAGUAGAUCCUGUUGGAUAUAAUGAUGCUCUUAUUGCAUAUUUCCCUUCCUUUCCUGGAACAGAGAAACUUCAGUAGAUGGGUUGGUUUAUUUUUCAUUUUAUAGCUUCAUUUCAUUUCUGUAAACUGGUUAUUUAUUUAGGUUUAUUAGUGACUUGGAUGGCAUGACUUAUUUGCUUGGAGGGAGUAGGCAAUUCAUUCAUUAAAUCCUUGUUUCCUUUUAGUUUUAGCUAUUGUUAUUUUUCUUUU